CUUAAUUUGCUUUUUACAAGGGCGUUACAGAUGUCCAUGGUCCGAUCUGUGUACCACUGGGCGUUAUAAAUAGUAAAGGUUAAUUAGUUAGCUGAGAAAUUGGAUCAGGGGCGGGCUGUUAGAAUUUGAUCCAUAGACAGGUAACUCAAGCAAUCCCUAUUGUCACUGUAAUCAGACCUAUAUAAAUCCUCCUUGACGGACAGCAGUCACCACAUAGCCUUACCUCUCUGCUGUCUCACCAACCGGGCUGGAACCCCUCAACACGGACUAAAAUGUCGCUCACAUCUAUCCUUUCUGCUGAUGCCAUCGACAGUGCUAUCAAGGACUGCCAAGCACCAGACUCCUUCUGUCCUAAGAAGUUUUUCCAGAUGUGUGGCCUCAGUAAGAAAAGCCCCCAGGAGGUGAAGAAGGUUUUUUCAAUCCUUGACAACGAUGCUAGUGGCUUCAUUGAGGAGGAAGAGCUGAAGUUCUUCCUUCAGCGAUUCUCUCCUGGUGCUCGGGCUCUGACGGACACAGAGACCAGGGCCUUCCUCUGCGCUGCUGAUGAUGAUAGUGAUGGUCGAAUUGGGGCAGAUGAGUUCCAGGCCAUGGUCUUGAACUAAACUGCUGGACUCCACCUUGAAUCCCUCCUGGUCCCAUUGCUCCAAGGGCUCUUUCAGUUUAGUCAGCAAUUUCCCAUCUGAUUAGAUAAAACCUUUUGAUUCUUUUUAUUUUACAAACCUCACUCCGGGUCACAGAUAUCCAGUUUGUUUUUUCCUUUUCAUAUGUGUAGACAGAUUGUAAAACUGUAUUGCCCAAAUAAAUGUACAAUUUACCAAAUUACAGAGAAAUAAAAAAAUAAAAUA